UAUUCUCUCGUGUUACAGGUAUCGUUCUUCUCGACAAGCCCUGAACUGAGCAACAAGCAGAGAUUCGAGUAUUUCUCGCGGACCAUCCCUUCUGAUCACUACCAGGUGAAGGCCAUGGUGGAGAUUGUCAUGCGAAUGGGUUGGAGUUACGUGUCAAUUAUUUACGAAGAAUCGAACUACGGAAUCAAGGCAUUCGAAGAGUUGGAGACGUUGUUGGCGAAGCAUGCCAUUUGCAUCGCUGUCAAGGAGAAGUUGGUAAAGGAUUCAGGAGUCGCUGAUGAUUCUGCGUAUGACAGCAUAGUGCUGAAGUUGCUGACCAAACCCCGCGCCAGAGGAGCCAUUAUCUUCGGGUCUGACCAGGAAGUGGCCGGCGUCAUGCGAGCUGUGCAACGCAACAAUGCAACGGGAAGCUUCUCGUGGAUCGGUUCAGACGGCUGGAGUGCGCGCAGUCUCGUUUCCGACGGAAACGAGGCAGAGGUGGAAGGAACCCUGUCUGUGCAGCCUCAGGCCAACCCCGUCCGAGGGUUUGAGGAAUACUUCCUGAACCUCACCGUGGAGAGUAAUCGCCGAAACCCGUGGUUCGUCGAAUUUUGGGAGGACCAUUUUCAAUGCCGUUAUCCAAAUAGUUCGCCCACACCUAACAACAGGCUGUACAAGGACGAGUGUGACGUCACAAAGCGACUACACAGGGAGAACACCGCCUUCGAGGGACAACUUCAAUUCGUCAGUGACGCUGUGAUGACCUUUGCACAUGCAUUCAAGGACAUGCACAGGGAGUUGUGCAACGGACGCCCUGGGCUCUGCGAUGCGAUGAAGCCCACCAAAGGCACAGAACUGCUCAAGUAUUUGCGCAAAGUGAAUUUUAAGGGUUUGAGUGGAGACAUGUUCCAGUUUGAUCCGAACGGUGACGGUCCAGCUCGCUACAACAUCAUCCACUUCAAGCAGACGAGUCCCGGCAAGUUCCAGUGGAUCAAAGUCGGAGAAUACUUGGGGGAUUCGCUGCAUCUUAACAUGUCUGAAAUACAGUUUAAACUCGGUCACCCUCAGCCUCCCGAAUCAGUGUGCAGUCUGCCGUGCGAUGUGGGACAAGCCAAGAAGUAUGUCGAGGGCGAAAGCUGUUGCUGGCAUUGCUUUAACUGCACCCAAUACCAGAUCAGACAUCCUCUUGACGAGAAGCAGUGUCUGAUGUGCCGCGAAGGAACGGUACCAGACCCGUCGCACGUGACGUGUCAGGAAAUCCCCGAGGUCUUCCUCAGGCCAGAGAGCGGCUGUGCUAUUGGUGCCAUGUCGCUGUCAUCUACUGGCAUCCUGAUCACGCUGUUUGUAUGUGGCGUGUUUAUACGUCACAACAGCACGCCCGUGGUGCGCGCGUCAGGACGCGAGCUUAGUUACGUCCUCCUAACUGGCAUACUCCUCUGCUACUGUGUCACUUUUGCUCUCGUUCUGCGUCCGACUGAUGCGGUCUGUGGGAUACAGAGAUUUGGAGCAGGAUUCUGCUUUACUGUUGUGUACGCCGCGCUAUUAACUAAGACAAAUCGGAUAUCCAGAAUCUUCAACGCAGGCAAGAGGACAGCCAAGAGGCCCAGUUUCAUAUCUCCUCGUUCACAGUUAUUCAUUUGCAGCGGACUCGUGGGUGUUCAGGUACUCAUAAAUGGUGUGUGGAUUCUAGUCUCCCCACCAAGAGCAGUGCACCACUACCCCACCAGGGAAGAUAAUCAUCUCGUUUGCUCUUCUCAUAUCGACGCCUCGUACAUGAUAGCAUUUGGCUAUCCUAUUCUGCUCAUCGUUGUGUGUACCAUAUACGCUGUUCUCACACGCAAGAUCCCUGAAGCGUUUAAUGAAUCCAAACACAUAGGGUUCACCAUGUACACGACGUGUGUGAUCUGGUUGGCAUUUGUGCCGCUUUACUUCGGAACAGGCAACCACGUGCCACUGAGAAUUACGAGCAUGUCGGUAACGAUUAGCUUAUCCGCGAGCGUGACUCUUGCCUGUCUCUUCUCGCCGAAGCUGUACAUCAUUCUCGUACAUCCAGAACGUAAUGUGCGCCAGAGUAUGAUGCCUGUGAGGGGCAGUGCCAUCAAGAGCCCCGCCGUGACUGGUACCACUCAGACGGGCAGUAUGAUGGCUGCAGUGAUCUGCAACCAGCAGAAACAACCCUUCCAUGCCACAGUUCCGCAGCAGAGUGGCUCCUCCCAGGGAUUAGAUUCAGGCCUUCAGAGCGACGGCGUUGACUUGGAACUGCGUGAGGACGUGGUCCACCAGUUGCAUCGACAUCAGCCAUGUUUACUGGUGAAUCGAUCUACGCAAACAGUGACAGUGGCAAUGAGCAAUAGCAGCAGUAAUGCCACCUGUCCCAACAUUCAGCAGCAACAAUUACCAGCAGCUAAACUUACUGCCACCUGUCACAUAAUUAACAGUAGCAGUAACGGCCCCAUCUCCGUUUCUACGUCACAACAAAAGCAGCAAAUAAAAGACGUACAGUUAUAGCAGGAUAAAGAUUUUGACGCAAAACCGAAGGCCAAACAAUCGGGCGCGAGGUCACGGAAACGCAGACGCUCCCCUGUUGUUGUGUGACUGUCUCGGAGACUUAUUUUUUAAAUGUUUUUGGUACAGGUCGUGAAUGGACUAUUUGCUUCAACUGGAAACCUGCCAUGUGUAAAAAAAGAGUAGUUAAAUACACAUAAAAUUAAGUUGGAGCGUAUUUGGAGGAGUUGUGUAAGAUAUUUUAUAAAUAUAAUUGAAAUUAAAAAAAAAUUGAAUGCAAAGAUGUUUUAUUUGGGCAAUUGAUUAUUCAUGUCUAAUAUGGCAGACAGAGAACAUAAAAAGCCUUCCAAAUACAGUAUUUAGAUUAUAGGAGAAAGAUUUUUUGUAACCGAUAUAUUAUUAUAUACGUAACAUAUCCUUGUUGUUCAAAAAAUUUUAAGAUAAGUGUUCAAUAGUUCAAAAAUAAUUUAAUCUAAUUGUUAACAAACUUAACAUUUAAUGAUAUGUAUUUGCCAAUAUACAGAUGAAGUUGAGGUCCAGUCAUAUUCAGAUUAACUGAACUAAAAUGAAUUUGGAUGGACAAUUAAGACUGUACGAGUUAAUGUAAUUUCUUGUGCUACUGUAGAAACUGGAGCGCGGCACAUACUGAGCCCAUGUGCUGCUGUCUCCGGUGUGGCAAAAGAAACUUCAUUAUAUUUUGGUUGCUGGCAGGAGGGAUAUAUAUAUAUAAAUAUAUAUGAAAUAAUUGAUAAAUUAUUUACGUGCAGGGUCUGUACGUAAGACGGUCCUCUAUAUUGUUUCUGCCAUGCAAUAGAUGCUACAAUCUGUACGUGUACUUCCAGUCAGGAGUAUCCAAUAUGUGUUAUUGUGGUUAUGUUCAAAACAUUGUAAUGGAAAAUCAUUACUGGAAUGUCGUGCUAUCUAUCUAUAAGAUCUUAUGUCUUGUGUACAUAAUUUGAAAAUCUCUUGCUUUCUAUAUCUUGUAUCAUCGGAACUGUGCGCGAGCAUUUAAUGAUUGAGUUACCAAAUAAAAAUUCCUCAGAAUUCUCCCCAUUUUCAGACAUGUUAUGAGCAGGGAUUUUCAGAUUAUAAAACUGUAUGUAAUAAAAACUAUAUUGAAGAAUAUAGUAUUAAUAAAACAUGUUUAAUACCCA